UCUGUCGCAUGCCUUUACCGGUUAACUAUAUAAGCAAAUACGAAUGCUCACAGAACUAUCAGUCGACAAUUCGGUUAUCUCUCGUACAUUUGUAGCAACUGUUCAAACAAUUUCAAAAUGAUCCAAAAAACUGGAAUCAUCCUGCUGAUUGCAUCGUGUACUUUGGCCAUCCCUCAGCGAUACUAUCAGCAAAACGCCGCUCCUCUGCAGCGACGAGCUGCUUCACCCGGUGGACCAGAUGCUGAUGCAACUGUGAUUACCCAAGAGCAGCAGAUUAAUCCGGAUGGUUCGUACAGUCACGUGUUUGAAACUAGCAAUGGAAUUCGGGCAGCCGCCAGCAGUCAAGAUGGUGUGGCAGCUACGGGAGAAUUUUCUUACACAGCUCCGGAAGGCGAUAGGAUUCAGGUAACCUACGUUGCUGACCAGGGUGGAUUCCAGCCUCAAGGAUCUCACCUGCCAGUGGAACCUGCUGUGCCAGAUCACGUCAUCAAAAGUUUGGAAGAAAUCCGCGCCAAUCCUCCAAACGAUCCCAACUACAACGCUGCCUUCCUGGACGCCGUUCUAGCCAGAUUGAGAGGACUCCAGGGCUAGAUAGAAGGUUGGAAAUAAAUUUCCGACAAACAUAAGCAAAUGUAACAUUCCCCAAGUUUUGUAGCUCAAUUUCUCUGUUCUGUACAAACUUUGCCUUAAAUAGAUAAAUUGUUUUCCGCGC